AUGGUUUUCGAUUUUAAUUCGGUUUUUGAUAGUUGUCGUAAAAUUAUUAUGUACCUGUUAAAUAUUUUUGUACCAGUCACUUGGAAUUCUGAUGGUAAGAACUAUAAUAAGAAGUCAUCAGCAAAAGUCGAUACUCUAAUACCAAAAAGUGUCAAUUAUCAUUUUACAAGAGUUUGCAACUACAGCUGCGGAUUUUGCUUUCAUACUGCCAAAACUUCUUUUAUGUUACCGUUGGAUGAGGUUAAACGUGGAUUCGAUUUAUUGAAAAAAGCAGGAAUGGAAAAAAUAAACUUUAGCGGAGGGGAACCGUUUUUACCAAAACGUGGCAAGUUCUUGGGCGAAAUGGUCCAGUACUGCAGAGAAACUUUAAAAGUCUCAGUUUCAAUUAUUUCAAAUGGAUCCAUGAUUACUGAAAAGUGGCUCCAGAAAUAUGGCAAAUUUGUUGAUAUCCUUGCUGUUUCAUGUGAUUCAUUCAAUGAAGAAACAAAUACAAAAAUUGGCAGACGUCAAGGUAGCAGUGAUCACGUUAAAAAAUUAUGGCAAAUUAGAGACUGGUGCACGAAAUACGACAUUCUCUUCAAAAUAAAUACUGUGGUUAAUACCUAUAAUCAACAUGAAACUAUGAUUGAUGAAAUAAAGCAGUUGAAUCCUAUUAGGUGGAAAGUAUUCCAAUGUCUACUCAUUGAAGGAGAAAAUGCCGGUGAAGAAGCUUUAAGAAAUGCAGCAGACUUCUAUAUUUCUGAAGAAACUUUUAAAGCGUUCAUAAAGAGGCAUGAAUCAAUCCGGUGUAUUGUUCCAGAGUCCAAUGAUAAAAUGCAAAACAGUUAUUUAAUAUUGGAUGAAUAUAUGAGAUUUUUGGAUUGCCAAGGCGGUUCCAAAGAGCCAUCGAAAUCCAUACUGGAUGUUGGAGUUGAAAACGCACUCAGAUUCUCUGGGUUCGACGAGGCCAUGUUCAAAAAACGCGGAGGUUUCUACAAGUGGUCGAAAGAAGCCAACAAAAUGUCUUGGUAG